AACGAAAAGGAAGAAGAAGUGAUGAUGGGUAGGGUACUCCAGUCGAUCAAUAUAGAAAGUAUAUUAAGUACCCCCCGACAAGUACACCUGUGUAAUGCAACUGCCGACAGCUGUGGCUCUGUGGGCAUUUCUAUUAUAAAUAAACAGACGGCGCACAUAACUGUUUACAGCGGUUCAUUAUCCACUUGAUCUCUGCAAGGAAGAGCCAUUGCCUGGUGCUGCGCCUUGUCCACAGUCUUCAGCCGGUGCAUGGACCUCACUUCUAAGAUCGCCCCAGUCGAAAUCUUGUGUCUGUGGUCCAGGGCAAAGUUGCACAAUGAGCGGCGAACUCUCUCCGAGGUGUUGACACCUUUCUCACCUGUAGAGCGAGGAACUGCCCGUCAGGCUGCACACAGGGUCAUUCAUUAAUCUGGAUGACUAGCCUUUUAAUGAUGCGCAUCAAGCUGACCUUUGACACAGAGCAUUAGAACUCUUCACUGGUCUUAAUCACCGUACUGCAACUGUUUGGUGUAUACUGUAUGCACUUUCUGAAAAUCUCAACAAAGUCCUCAAUGGCUCAAGACAAUUAUGGAACGACAAAACUGUCAUCUAACCCAGGGCUCAAAGAACAAAACGGACUUCAUGAAAAAGAAAAAGACGACCUGCUCCAUCAAGAUCAGCACAACAUUUCCAAGAAGACUGCGGGCAGACUGCGAGUGGGUGCCGUUGUCAUCUCAUGGCUCUCAGUUGUCUUCUCUUUCUCCACCGGAGUUGCCGGCCUAGUUCUUGGCAGCAUCGACAAGAGCGAAGCUCUUUUCGGAUAUGGGCUGGACGCCACGCUGGACGGCCUGUCGUCUGUAGCAGUCCUGUGGAGAUUCUAUGGUGACGUCAAUGACAUCUACUCGCAGACGAAGGAGAGAAGGGCCUGCAUCGUGAUAGGCUCCUUGUUCAUUCUGUCGGGAGUGCUGCUCACAGGCAAGUCCAUUCACGGCAUCGUCGCUGAAGUACAUGAGACAAAAGUGUGGGUUGUGGAGGAUGAGCUGUGCAUGUUGCAGCUACUGAUAACUGAAAUAACACAAACCGCUCAGGCUUUAGUGAUGUAUCUAAACUUCGCCUUGAUUACUGGUGUUGUCUCCCUGUGCCUGGCUGUCGUCAAAGUCUACCUGGGGUGUCAGCUGGGAAGCAAGGCUCUGGCAACGGACAGUAUCAUUACUUUCGUGGGGGCCGCCAUGAGCUUUGCCGGAGUGGCAGGCCUGGAGAUGUACGUCCAGAACACUUCUCUCUGGUUCAUGGAUUCUGUCUUUGGCAUCACCUGCGGUCUCUUUCUCUGUGGCUUUGGAAUCAAGCUGUUAAUAGAGAUAGUGUGGCUGAGGAAGAUGAACGACGAACACAUUGAAAUAAAGUGAGGUUGGAGAAAAUAAGUUCCAGAACCGAGACAUGGAUUGCUUGACCAUCCCUGCUGAUCUCUUUCUUUCUAAAGAGACAACAGAGGGACCAGCAGAUGUGUAUGUCUUGGAGGUUUAUUCAUCUCCAGCUUUUUGCCAGUACGUGUCACGGAGAAAAAGAAAGACCUCAAUGGGAAUGAGCACACAAAUAAUAUAUUUUUGCCUGCACAGUUUUUAUUCUUCCCCCCUGACUGUUCCCAGGUCAGUCUGUCCCAGCAUGUCACAUUCUUGUACCUGUUGUCUGUUGUCACAGUACUUACAUAAACAAGCGGCGAGAAGGUUGACACCUUGACACAUUGACAGACAUGGUACUCGUAGUUGUCAGGAAGGAAGAAGGAUUGAAAGAGUUUAUUUUAGUGACGGUGUUAUUUUGUGUACUUAUUUAUGAAUGAAACUUAUCAGUUGUUGAUAAUGCUGAUAGGGGGCGCAGCAUGUCACGGUGACUCGCGCCCUGACAGUUCGGGCAAAUAAUUUAUUUAAUUUGUGCAAUUUGGGGGUAAGGUUUGACAAUAGCCACCACCACCACCAGCACCACCACCACCACCACCACCACCACCACCACCACCACCACCACCACCACCACCAUAUUCAACUUACGUGAGAUUGAUUCCUGUGUGAUAAUGUAUUUAUAUGUACAUAACGUUAGAUAUUACCUUCCAACUGUUUGAUUACAUUUCUAUCUUAAGUGCCCUCCCGACACACGUUCCGUCUUGCAAUUUCAAAGAACCAGGUGCACCCAGUGAUAUGAGAAAGGAAGUGAUUUUGUUUGUCCCUCAAACGAAAUUUAUGUGCAACCCACAUAGCACGAUUGUAGCAACAUACUGAGACAGCAAAGGAUUUGAAUGUAUUCAUACAGAUGGUUACACUGAGUGUAUAUCAGGAAAUAUUUUUUCUCAUGGUUCAUAAUUGUAAUAGAUGUUCCUUACAGCCAAUAUUCUUGUAUUAUUGAAGUAAAUUUCAGAAUUUAUUUUAUUCGACAAAUUGCAACAUUGAGAGAUUUUGUUUAUACAUCAUGCCUCUAAAGCAGCUGAACAUCUCCAGGCUCAGUAUCAGAUGUCUAAUUUGUUCAUCAUCCUCAUCAACCUGUUCAUCAAAAUGAACUUUUUUUCGCUGCCAUUAAAUCACAUAAGAUUAUAUGCGUAUGUACAUUAACAAAUAUUGCUCACAUGUAUGUUAAUGUUAUGUUAAUGUUAAUUGAAUUAAUUCAUUAAAUAGUAUUACAAAAAGGUCAAUGCCACCCAUGAGUUUUUUUUUUUAGGUUCAACAAUUAAAUCCUUCGUUUUUUUAUGCGUAUGGCUUCCACGCUUUC